CUAAAAGAUGAUUCUUACAUUUACAUACCAAAAGAGAGAUGCAAAUCUUAAAUCUUCCCCGCUAUUAUAAUAUGUGACUGUUGUUUCCUCUAUCUUUUACCAUCUUUGGCCUGAAGAAUUCGAAGUAAAUAAAAUUAAGAAAGCAUUACAGAAAAUUAAAGAAAUCUUUUUUAAUAAAAUAAACUUGAGAGAGAGAGAGGGAGGCCAUCUUGAUAAGAGAAGGAAGCCAUUAGACAGAAAGAGUGGGAUGUCUUGUAGAAUGAACAAAACAUCCUCUGUUUCUCUUGUCCUUGUCCCCUUUUCCAGAUCUUAAGGUUUUCCACAUUUUUUGCUAUCAUCAUCUGGGUCCUCUCCAAAAUGGAGCAAAAGAUGGAAUCUGUAUCGGAUCUGGGGAAGCUCUUCAUUGGCGGCAUCUCAUGGGACACAGACGAAGAACGGCUCCGAGAGUAUUUUAGCAAGUAUGGAGAUUUAGUCGAAUCCGUGAUCAUGAGAGACCGUACGACAGGACGUGCACGUGGGUUUGGUUUCAUCGUAUUCGCAGAUCCUUCUGUCGCAGAGAGAGUCAUCAUGGAGAAACACAUCAUCGAUGGCCGUACGGUCGAGGCGAAGAAAGCUGUACCACGGGAUGAUCAUCAGCAAGUGCUGAAACGGCACGCUAGUCCAAUGCACCUUAUCUCAUCACCUAACCAUGGUGGUAAUGGUGGGAGAACAAAGAAGAUCUUUGUAGGUGGUUUACCAUCGAGUAUCACCGAGGCCGAGUUCAAAAACUACUUUGAUCAGUUUGGUAAAGUUUCUGACGUUGUGGUGAUGUAUGAUCACAACACACAGAGGCGACGUGGAUUUGGCUUCAUCACUUUUGAUUCAGAAGAGUCUGUGGAUAUAGUUCUUCACAAGACCUUCCACGAGCUUAACGGCAAAAUGGUUGAGGUUAAAAGAGCAGUGCCAAAGGAGCCUUCCCAAGCGUCUAUUAACCGAAGCAGCCCGGUUCUUGGGUUCGGUAAUAACUAUGGAGUAGUCUCUAAUAAUAGCUACUUCAAUAGUUUUGCUCCUGGUUAUAUUAGUAACAACCCUGGUGGACGGUUUAGUCCCAUUGGUAGCGGUAGAAAUGCUUUCUCUAACUUUGGUCUUGGCUUGAAUCAAGAACUGAGUUUGAAUGGAAACACACUUGGCUUUAACCGGGUCCCUGGGGACCAAUACUUCAACAAUGCUUCACCAAACCGGUUCAACAGAGGCGACUCUGCUUACAAUCCCAGCAAUAGAGAUUUGUGGGGAAACAGUCCAGGCUUGAACUUGGGUGUCUCUGUUGGUAACAACAGAGGAAACUGGGGCCUUUCUGAUACUAAUGGCUAUGGGAGAAGCGUUGGGACAGGUUCUGGACUUUCUGCGUUAUCAUUCUCUGGUAACAACAACAACACAAACGGUUUUGAUGGCUCUAUAGGGGAGUUGUACAGAGGGAGCUCGGUUUAUAGCGACUCAACGUGGCAGCAGAUGUUGCCUCAUCAGUCUUCUAAUGAGUUAGAGGGUUUGUCUCGCUCUUAUGGGUUUGGUAUUGGCAAUGUAGGCUCAGACCCAUCUGCUAAUGCCUCUGAAGGUUACCCUCGAAGCUACAGUGUUGGAGGAUAUAGACAAACAAAUAGAGGUAUUGAAGCAUAGAGAAAAAGACAGAUGAAGAAAGUGAUACUUGUAGAUCAAGAAAGAACAAUGUCCCUUGCAGAGUUGUAAUUUAAUAUCGUGAAAAGUAGAGAAAGAGAUACCUUCUUCACAGUGAGUUUAUGUGUUUUUUUUUUUUUGCUUCUGUAUCUAAUUCUUACAUAAAGAUAAGAUCAGAUGAGUAGCUGCAAAGAUGCAAGUUUGGGAUGAUCAAAGAUUUGGUUUCUGCGUUUGUCUCCAUAUCAAUAACUAGAGAUCGUUGAUUCUCGAUCACUAUUCUUUAGGUUUUCACUUCUUCCUUCAAGAUUCUUCAUGUUGUGUGCUGUGUUUGUAACUCUAAUUGUUAACUUAUGUUUCUUACAUAUUUUUUAUUUGGUUUAAACAUUCGAUUUGAAUUGUUAGUUUGAGAGAAAACAUUGGUCCAAAAUCAUUAUAUUUGUUGCAUUUGAUAUUAUCUUUUUUAUUUUA